AUGCACAACCGCCUCCUGCUGUCGGCCCUCGUGGGCGCGGCCAGCGUGUCUGCCCGGGACAUCCCCUCCAACAUCAAGAACUUUUACGACUCGCUCAAGGCCAAGGGCACCUGCUCCAACAAGCUCGCUACGGGCUUCUACAGCAAGGACAAUGGCCCGAACACGCCUUCGCCGACAUGGACGUGGACUGCGACGGGGAGCAGAACGGGCGCGGCGACGACGGGCGGUGCGAGAGCAGCGGCGACACCCAGUACCAUCACCUCCUUCGAGUGGAUCAUCAAGGACUACAACAAGGGCAUCAAGGACCUCAACGCCAACGUGCACCCCUACGUCGUCUUCGGCAACGAGGGCUCCAAGAGCGGCUGGAAGACCUUCGACCCGCAAGCCCACGGCAUCCGCCCGCUCUCCGUCAUGGCCGUGGUCUGCAACGGCAAGCUGCGGAUUGGGCGUGGGGGUGGUGACGGUGGUGAUGGGGGUGAUGGGGGUGAUGGUGGUGAUGGCGGUGGUGGUGGUGGUGGUGGUGAGUGCGACUGGCCGGGCCACUGCGAGGGCGCGUCCUGCUCGAGCGACGACGAGUGUUCGGACCCGUGGGCGUGCGUGUCGGGCAAGUGCGCGCUGGACCCGGAGGCGGGUGGUGGUGGUGGUGAGCCGGAUUAUGCGUGCGAGUGGGCCGGGCACUGCGAGGGUGUCGCCUGCAAGACCCACGACGACUGCUCCGACCCGCUGCACUGCGAUGCGGAUGAGAAGCUCUGCACCAUGGACGGGUGUAGCUGGGCGGGCCACUGCCUGGGUGCGAAGUGCGCUGAUCACGGGGACUGCGCGGACCCGUACGAGUGCAACGCGAGUGCCGGGUACUGCUGGUAUGCCUCUGAGUAA